UUUGAGAGAUCUAAGUUGGAAUCAUAACUGCCAGUAACUGCAAGAGCAAUGGUCAACCAACAUGACCCAAUAAACUUAACCCGCCAAAAGUUUCAUAAUGCAUCUGAUACUCCACAGAAUCCCAAAUUGUGGAACCCUAAGAACACAAAAAGAUUAUUUUACUUGCUGGUUCUCCAAAUGAAACCUUACACUCUAAGCAUCCUUGCCAGCACAGUCUCCAUACUUGCAGCUUUCACCACCAGAUUUGCAAAUUCAGAUAAUUUUUCUUCUGUUCCUAGUUUUGCUUUUAGUUGGUUGGAUGGUAAGGAUACAUUUCAAGCAGGUGAAGUAGCAAUCAUUAAGAUUAAAGUACUAGACAACAACAAUAACACUCAAAUUGGUGGUUAUAAUCCUAAUCCAACAAUCACAGUGAAUCGGAAGAAGGGUAAUAGUUCUUAUAUAUCUGGUGUCUUUUCAUCUCUUCAAGGUGAUUCUACUCAAUGGAACAUUUCUUUUGUACCAAUUCUUGUUGGUGUAUUUAAUGUUCUUAUCGAUGAUGAACAUUUCAAGAUAUCCGAUUCUUCACUUCAUUUCAAAGUAUCAGCAGGGAGAAUGCAUCCAUCUGUGUCUGUUGCUUCGUGGAGAGGACUUGUUAAUGAAUUUGUAGCAGGAACAAAAGCAUCCGUGUUAAUACUUCCGAAAGACGCAUUUGGGAAUAAUAUCUCGUCAACUGUUGAAGAACCAAACUCUUACAGAUUUGUAGUUUCCGCAUUUUAUGUCAAUGGUACAUUUUUAAGUUUUCUCAAUGUUACUUACUUGGGUUGGAAUGGAUUUGGUUAUGUUGGUAUCGAAUUUAUCGCUUCCACAACUGGAAACCUCUUAUUACACAUUGAGGGAGAAAAUCAAACUUUGAAUGGUUGCCCCUUACCUUUCAAAGUGAAACCAGGAUCAGUGGAUAUUUCCAAUUGCUUGGCCAAAUGGAAUUACGACACAUAUGUCUUGCAGAUAUUCUCUAAGUUAGAAAUCUUUGUUUACCAGCAAGAUGAAUUUGGGAACCUUGUCCCAGGCUUAUAUGAUUUUGAUGCUCUAGUUAUUGAGAAAGAGACAAAGUUGUCCAUUCCUAUACCUGACUUGCAUUUUAAAGAAUUGGCACCAGGAAUCCAAUUGCUUUCGUUCAGCGUGUUUGAACCAGGAGAUUUUGUGCUCAGUAUUUUUGAUAUGAAACAGAACCAGAGUAUCUCUCAUAUGCCAUAUAACUUUACAGUAUUUGUAGGUUAUUGUGAUGGAGUGAAUAGCGUCGUCAAUGGAACUGGUCUGACUAGUUCUACUGCUGGAACUAAUUCAAGUUUUUCAGUUUAUUUGGAAGAUAUUUAUCAUAAUCCCUCACCGGUUGAGGCAGAAACGCUGCAAGUGAAAAUCACAAGGAAGAAUGAUUCCUACAGUAUUCUGCCUACCAUUUACACUAAGCAGAAUGUUGAUGGACCUGCACCCGAAGGAAGUGCCCCUGCACCAUCUUUUGAAUCAAAGAACAGUUCUGGCGCAAAUUCGACACUUCAGGUGAGUGCCUUUGAUGUCACUUACACACCUGAAAAGUCUGGAGCCUAUGAGAUUCGAGUGUUUUGUGGAAAUAUUCCAUUGAAUGGUGGUCAUCCAUUUGCAAUGGAAGUAAGAACAGCCGAGGUUAAUAUUGAACUCUCAAAAGUUGUCCAAUAUGCAGCCAAAGUACCAAAGCUGGUUGAAAAUCACUUUUCAGUGGAACUAGUUGAUUCAUUCUUAAAUUUUGUACCAUUCCAGCAAACAAAGUUGAGCCUUGAGUAUCGUGUUGUUAAUAGUUCUGGUUUGUUGUUCUGGACAUUUGAAGAUGAAAUGAAUGGGUCAUAUGUUGGCCACUACGCGGCGAAGGAUAUUGGCUCUUAUGAGAUAUGUGUAUCUUUCGAGGACAAACAUUUGCCUCCUUGCCCUUUUUGGGUUUAUGUAUACAGCAGCGAAUACUUCCCUAAAGCUUUUAAUGAUGCUGUUUUUGUUUGGGAAGAUGAAUCAGUCUCUUUUGAUGCCUUAGGAAAUGAUUACUUUGCUGGUGGCGCUGCAAAUAUUAUUGAGUCAUCAAUGCCACUUCAUGGAUCACUUCUCCAGUACGGCCGGUUGUUCAGAUACACACCUUAUAAAGGUUUCUUUGGCAAUGACUCAUUUUCUUACACAAUAUCUGAUAUAAACAACAACAGUGCUUCUGGAACUGUAAUAAUUUCGGUUCUCAUUACUCCGCCCGAGUUUGUUUCCUUACCUUUUCAAUUGCAAGCAACUGAAGAUGUCAUUAGUCCCAGAAUUGGUGGUUUUGUUGGGUUUGAGAUAAAGUAUUCAGAUUUACUGGAGAAUAUUUCAGUGACUCUCAGUGCGAAAUCUGGGACCGUCUUUCUCUCCCCCAUGUUAAUGCAGUUUUGGCAGCCUGCUUGGAGUGGACUGGUAGUGGGCCGAAGAGGAAAUGAAGAAAAGGCUUUGGUAUUAAUCGGUGGUGUUGAAGCUAUUAAUUCCGCCCUGCAAUCGAUUCAGUAUCUCGGAAAUGAGAACUUUUGCGGAGAUGAUGCCAUCAAAGCCUCGAUGACGAACAAAAAUGGAAUGCAUGACACCUAUGUUUCUAUUUUUGUAGAACCCGUAAACGAUCCACCAUUUAUCCAUGUUCCUGAAAUUAUAUUAAUCUCAGGGAAUAUCAGUACACACAGUUCGCGUAUCUCUGAUGAAAAGAGAGACAAGUUUGAGUUCUUAGUUGGAGAUCCAGAUGUUUUUUGUUUCCCCGGUGGCGAGUCUCACUUUAUGAUCACGUUCUCCUUGGAAGUCAGUGAUGGGAUUCUAAUAACCAGUCUACCAUCCUAUCUUAGUAAUACUACUGAAUUGAAGCUUAAGAACAGCUGCGAAUGGCAACCCCUUCAGACGUUUGUCUCUAUUUCUAAACAUUUUACCCUGAGGGCCAAAGGUGUUAGAUUUCGCGGAACACUUACAGACUGCAACACUGCCAUGCAGCAACUGCUAUAUCAAGGUGAAGGUUAUGGGGCAGUUUUAACAAUAACAGCAAAUGACAUGGGAAACUAUGGGUGUUACCCAGAUUGUGCAGAUAAGAUAUCAUUACCACUUUAUACCGAGGCCACAGUAAAUCUAAUUAGGAGACAACAGAUCAGUUCAGGAUUGUUUUAUACAAUAAAUUCGGUAAUAGUGACCGAGUUCAUAAUGAUAUCUCUUCUUGGAGCAGUUCUUCUGUUUUACUUUUGUCGAUGUGCGCAUAACCUGAGAAAGAAAAUGAAAAUGAAAAAGGAAAAGAAAAUGAAAAAGAAAAGUAGUAAGGGGAGUGCAGAAAAAUCUGCGGAACCAUCUGUAAUUCCAACUUCAUUAGACAACACAACUCACUUACCAACAGAAUGUUCUUCGAACCCUUCCUGGCUCAAGAGCAAGUUUGCGAACUUCCGCCAAUGUUUUCAGGUCAAGUCGAAAAUUUGGAAAUGAUGAAGCUACAAAGAAGGACGAAAAAUCUUCCUUUACUCCGGCCAAGUGAUCAGUUUCAGUUGACAACAAUCGGCAAUGCACCACCACCUGCCAUCAAGGAGAGGGAUAAAAAUUAUUAAACUUAAUAUCAUGUAUAUACAGAUCAAAGUAAUAUCUAAUAUAAUCUAUUUAUCUUUUUUAUUUUUAUUUUUUUUUAUA